GUGCGCAUGCGCAGCGCUGGUGUGGUCGCGAUCCGCCAGUCUUCAUCCACUCAGUCUCGCGCUACUUCUGGACUGUCCGCUUCGGAACCGGCGAGCCCCCCCGUUUCGACCACCACCCGGACCGAGAACUCUCGCAUCCCGGGAGACCGCAACUGCGAGAUCCUGCUUCCAGUCCAUCUUCCAUUUCUCCUCCUCCGCCCCGUCAAAGAUCACCCGUCAUCCGCCGUCCUCGCCCCGAGCCGACAUGCCUCCGCCAGUGGGGGGCCCCGCAGGAUACACCCCUCCCGAGGGCGGCUGGGGCUGGGCCGUGGUCGUGGGGGCGUUCAUCUCCAUCGGCUUCUCCUACGCGUUCCCCAAAUCGAUCACGGUAUUCUUCAAGGACAUCGAGGUGAUCUUCAACGCCACCCCCAGCCAAGUGUCCUGGAUCUCGUCCAUCAUGUUAGCGGUCAUGUAUGCAGGAGGUCCGAUCAGCAGCAUCCUGGUGAACAGAUUCGGCAGUCGACCCAUCAUCCUGCUGGGCGGCUGCCUGGCCGGCUCGGGACUGGUCGCCGCCUCCUUCUGCAACACGGUGCCGCAGCUCUACUUCUUCAUCGGCGUGGUCGGAGGAUUAGGACUGGCGUUCAACCUCAAUCCGGCCCUCACGAUGAUCGGCAAGUACUUCUACAAGCGGCGACCCAUCGCCAACGGCAUCGCCAUGGCCGGCAGCCCGGUCUUCCUGUCCACGCUGGCCCCGCUCAACUCGUGGCUGUACGACGAGUUCGGCUGGAGGGGCAGCUUCCUCAUCCUGGGGGGGCUCCUGCUCAACUGCUGCGUGGCCGGCUCGCUCAUGCGCCCCAUCGGACCCAAACCGCGGCCCCCCGAGCCCGACCCGGCGGCCCCCAAGAAGACGGCGCUGCAGACCGUCAACUCCUUCAUCGACUUGACGCUCUUCAAGCACCGCGGCUUCCUGCUCUACUUGAUGGGCAACGUGGUCAUGUUCUUCGGACUCUUCGCGCCGCUCGUCUUCCUGUCCAACUUCGCCAAGAGCAAAGACGUCAGCAAGGAGAAGGCGGCCUUCCUGCUCUCCGUGCUGGCGUUCGUCGACAUGUUCGCCCGGCCCUCCAUGGGCCUGCUGGCCAACACCAAGUGGGUCCGACCCCGGGUGCAGUACUUCUUCGCCGCCGCCGUCCUCUACAACGGCGUGUGCCACGUGAUGGCCCCGCUCUCCGAAGACUACACGGGGUUCGUGGUAUACGCCGUCUUCUUCGGCUUCGCCUUCGGCUGGCUGAGCUCGGUGCUCUUCGAGACGCUGAUGGACCUGGUGGGCGCGCAGAGGUUCUCGUCCGCCGUGGGCCUGGUCACCAUCGUGGAGUGCGCCCCCGUCUUGCUCGGCCCCCCGCUGACAGGAAGCUUCUACAGCUACUACCAACAUUACAACUACACGUACAUCUCGUCCGGCGUCAUCCUCAUCGUGGCCAGCCUCUUCCUGUUCGUGGGGAUGGGCAUCAACUACAGGCUGCUGGCGCGCGAGAAGAAGGCCGAGGAGAAGGGGGAGCGGCGGGAGGCCGAGGAGGAGCGCGCCGCCAUGCUGGCCUCCGCCUCGCCCUCCAAGGGCCCCGCCGCGGACGAGGACGCCCGCGCCGCACCCGACGAUCCGCCCGACGCCGGAAAACCGGACGAGGAUUCCAAGGUGGACGAGAACACAGUAUAGGAGCGCAGCAGACUUUGGAAACAAAAACACACACUUGGCACAAACACAAUUUUACUUAUAGACCCGCACCGCGCACUCAUAUUUUUUUUUAUUAAUUUACUGACGUGCCUGCGGUGUGGAGGCUUGUGAGCGGCACGUACACAGAAUAUUGACAGUAGGUGCGCGGGUCAAGCCAACAAGCGCUGACCCGCGCACAGCGAGUGGUUUUACUGGGGGUGGUGUUUCCGUGGCAAACGUCAGUAUUCGAACUCGUGAAUCACGCUAAGCCGCACACGCGGUUAUGAACAAAUAUGGGAGCUCGGCGUAUACAAAUAACUUGAUUCAAAGGAGUUUGUGUGUGUGUGUGUGUGUGUGUGAGAGUGUGUAUGGUUUUUACAUUUCACAACGGAAUGUGCGGAAUGGCUCCGUCACGGCUUCUUUUUACCAGCAACAGAAGUCCCUUUUUUUUUUUUUUUUUUUAGCACAAUCCUAUUUGUUUCCAAACGGUUAUAAAUGUUUAUUAAAUGUGUGCCAAUAAACUUGCAGAUUCGCAUUCGCAAACAUUCAAAGCCAGCAAGGGAAGGAAUUUCCCCUCCAAGCAAAUAGUAAAUAUAUCGUCCCUGUUUUAGGCCAGAGUAUGGUACGAUGGACCGCGUUAUGGAGCUCGUGCAGGUGACGUCGCCGUUUUCACGGCGCCAUAUUGCAGGUCAAAAAGAUCCGCUCGACAGUGUGGGGGACGUUGAAGCGGAGGAGAAUUUUGACAAUUCCCGAUAUUUGGUUGUCACAACGGACGAGACAGAUAUUCAAAGAGGUCAUUUCAUGGAAUACCAGAUGAAAAUACGAGAAAAUAUCGAUGGAUUUCGGCAAUUAAACGUGAACCCAGAUACACUCACGCCUGUGUAGCGAUCGUUUCAUUUCAGGUAGGAAUUAUUCCUGUCAAUCUCAAAUUACCAAGAAGUACUUAUAAUUCCAAGUUGACUCAUUUCAGAACAAUGCGUAUUUUUUUAAAAAAAAGAAAAUAAACCGUCUGUCGCAGAGAGGUUUAGAGGUAUGAGACCGAUGGAAUAAAUGUGCCGAGGAAGUGACUUUUACCGGUCCGGCCCUGUUACCGCUGUGCUAGCGUGUUACUGCCGUGUCUCAGUGAUUUUUACCGCUAUGGUUUUUUUAAACCGAGCCUGUUAGUGUGGCGCUAGCGUUAGUUUGGCGCUAGCAUAGUUUGUGACCGCAAUACACUUCCGUGUACAGGGGAGCCGACUCCGCGUGCUCUUUUUUUUUUAGAAUCAUAGUUAAUGAAUGAGAGUUUAUGUAAAACCAUGGGUCAUUUAUUUAAAUAUUGGUAUUUGUAUUCAAUACCAUCUGAAAAGAUCGAUGGCUUUCGGCAAAGGUUAACGUGUAGCCGAAUACGCUUCCGCGUUCACGAACCGAAAACACAGUCUUUUUUUUUUCCGAUCAUAGUUAAUGAAUGAGAGUUUAUGUAAAACCAUGGGUCAUUUAUUUAAAUAUUGGUAUUUGUAUUCAAUACCAUCUGAAAAGAUCGAUGGCUUUCGGCAAAGGUUAACGUGUAGCCGAAUACGCUUCCGCGUUCACGAACCGAAAACACAGUCUUUUUUUUUUCCGAUCAUAGUUAAUGAAUGAGAGUUUAUGUAAAACCAUGGGUCAUUUAUUUAAAUAUUGGUAUUUGUAUUCAAUACCAUCUGAAAAGAUCGAUGGCUUUCGGCAAAGGUUAACGUGUAGCCGAAUACGCUUCCGCGUUCACGAGCUCUCAACCGGUCGUCUUUUUUUCCCCAAUCACAGUUAAUGAAUGUGAGCUCGUGGAAAAUCAGGGGUCAUUUAUUCAAAUAUUGGUAUUUGUAUUGAAUAUUAUCUGAAAAGAUCGAUGGAUUCCGGCAAAGGUUAACGUGUAGCCGAGUACGCUUCCGCGUUCGUGAGCCGAAAACACGUCGUCUUUUUUUCCCCAAUCAUCGUUCAUGAAUGCGAGUUUGUGUAAAACCAGGCAUCAUUUAUUUCAAUAUUGGUGUUUGUAUAGAAUACGAGCUGGAAAACAUCGAUGGAUUCCGGCAAAGGUUAACGUGUGGCCGAGUACGCUUCCGCGUUCGCGAGCCGUCUCCCCGUUGAGAACAGAUCGAGCAACAAAGUAUUUGUAUGCGUCCAGACUUUUAUACGCUUUCAAACUUUUCCGUGUGAAUCUCGACGACUUAAUCACCAGAUCGGUGUGUUGAUCCAGUUGUCCAAGACAAGCGGAAGCGGGUUAACAGUCCACUUUCUUAUCGGCGAAAAUCUCGACUAUGCUGAGUUUAUCUCAUUUUUUUCACGCACCUUCGUUUAUUUUCACCUGCUAAAUGUCUAACGGCACAGGACAAGAUACCGGGCGUCGUGUCGCGUCGCCUCCAACCGACUUAGCGUUGCUACACCGGCAAUAUGGCGACGUAAACAAAAGUCACGUGAUUUUUAUGACGUCGGUGCACGAGCUCUCUACACCCCCAUCUCCUGGCGUGUUGCUCUCUCUUUUUCAGUUCCUUUUCCGACUCAGCCGCAGAGCGCAUCGGUGCCGUUUUUUCCCCGACCUUUACCGAGCCAAAACUAUGGAAGUAAAUGAGUGCCACCGGGAUUUGAAUUUGAAAUGAAACGUGAUCACAUUUUCAAUCGUUGCUGCAAUUCGCUGUGUGAAAUUCACCGUCUGUGCCACCGGGCCGGGUCACUUCAGGUCAGAACCGAACAGCCAGCCAAUCCAGUUGCGCUUUCCUAGUAUGUGACGUCACGUGACCAAAAGCGCAACUGCAAUUGGCUGGCUGUUCGGUUCUGACCCGAAGUGACCCUGCCCGGUGGCACAGACGGUGAAUUUCACACAGCGAAUUGCCGCAACGAUUGAAAAUGUGAUCACGUUUCAUUUGAAAUUCGAAUCCCGGUGGCACUCAUUUACUUCCAUACACAGCACGUGCAGUAUUUUGUAAGAAGAAAACAUCACAGUAGAAAACAAAAGUACUGCAUCGCAAGUUUGAUUCCGUAAAGUGAAAAUAACGAUCUCGUCUCAAUGUGAAAAGGGCGCCCACUUUUAAUUGUGCGUCAGCGACAGAAAGCGCCCUUAAAAAUUCCGCACGUCACGAUAUGUCGCUGGCAAGGAUGGAUGAAUAAAGAUGCAAUUUUUUUUGUACUCAAUGAUGUAAUUUUAUGAGCAAUUAUGUGAAAUUGGAUAAGUUCAUUUCAACGAUGAUCUCCAUGGUUGGGAAUCGCAGCAUUCAUGAAUUUUGUACAGCCGUCUCGUCGGUUUUCAUUUAUUCUGACAUUCCAAUUUAAUGACGUACAUUUUUAAUGCUGCCGCACCGGAUCAUAAUACAAAACUCAAACUUUUUUUGCAGUGAAAACCGGUACUUGAAUGCAAACAAAAUCUUUUUUUGUUUGUUUUUUUGCAUCUGAAUUUGACAUUCUGUUAUUUCGGGAAAAUGACGCCUUUUGAAGUGAAGAAAUGUUUGUGGAGAACAACGGGCUGUUUUGGUUUUCAAGAGUCGUACCGAUUACUGUAACGGAUAUUUUUUAUGACGGGAGCGUGAAGGAAUUAAAAGG